AUGGCUUCGAGGUACAGCCCCGGGGGCAGUCCUGACAGCCAUGCUCGAAAUGACUCUGGAAAUCUCAACUUUUCGAAGCCGCGCAAACCCUCCGGCUCGGACCACUCUCUCAAAGAUGGAGACAUGGGAAGUCGGCAUGCUCAAGCCCAGGUGACUACUCAGGCUGCCGAGGAACCUCUGUUGAAGGACGACACGGCAGGUGGUGGUCGCGAGACGAAGUUGGGCAACUUGGGCAGACGACUGGGCUGGAAACAGCGCUUGCCCUUUCACCUCGGGCCGCUGUUUCUCGUCCCGUUGAUCAUUCUCUUCGCGUUGAUGAUCGGCGCGCUGGAGGUCUUGAGAUUCUUCUCGGACCGUGACCGAGGUAUCGUUGUCGCGACUGAAGACAGGCACUACCUCUGGACAUAUGGACCGACUUUGAUUCUCACCAUCGUUGCUGCAUUAUGGGGCCAACUCGAGUACCGUGCGAAGCAGGUCAUGCCAUGGGCUGUCAUGAACGGAGAGCAAGGCCAGUCUGGCAAGGGGCUUCUUCUCGACUAUCUGAGUCCGAUCAGCUUCAUCGCCCUGUUCCAGUCCGUAAAGAGACGGCACUUUCUCGUCACGCUAGGGAUCAGCGGCACGCUCGUGCUUCGGGUGCUGAUCAUCGUGUCCACCGGCCUCCUGAGCCUUCGGAGCCAACAGCUUGCCGGGAGUACCAACAUCACGACUCUAGACCGCUUCAAUCUAUCCCAGGCGCAGAACGAGAGAGCCACAAAUGCUGGCGUCACCCUCUGGACCAUAUCUCAGCAAAACGCGUCGUAUCCUGCAGGUACAACUCCAAAGGUCUCUGUCCAAUCUUUUAUUGGUCCCGGCGACAGCAGAGCAAACACCCUUGCAGGGAAUGUAUCUGUUUUUGAAGCAUCAACGACAUGCGAUAAAUUCUAUUGGCAAUGGGACAAAACCACCAAGAAGUUCAACUUCCCACUGAACGACCUGCUCUCUGAAGACGAGAAGAAGCUCUUGAAUCCUCUCUGCAGUUAUGUCGAAGAGCCCAACAACGAGCCGACCAUCAACCAACUGUCAUCCACUCAUUUUGACAGUCCGUGGGCUCUCGACCCCUGCGAUCCAAAGUUGAAGAACGACUUCUCGAGGCGGAUAUUUCUUUCUAUGUCCUACCCACUGGAAGGCAAUAUGAGAGGAGCAUCGGCAGUCCUGUGCAAUGCCACUUACACCAUUACGCGACGGGAGGUCACGACGACCUGGGCGGGUGGUGCUCCUGGGGACGUUCGAAGCGUAUCGAACGAGAUUCUCGAGACAUUGCCACUCGGUACCACUCCAGCCGCUCUUACGGGAACGCUGGUCAACCCUUUUGGGCCCGAGGUGAACAACCUCAACCCGUUUCCCUCAAACAGAACUACAUGGUUCAGUGUCAUGAACUUUACUCAGCCCCAGGCAGAUCUGCGGACGCUGUCAAGCCUGGAUACGUUCCCUGAUCUAUUCCAGCGGGUCUUCAAGAGCGCCGCCGCGCAGGUCAUCAAGGGUGGUUACAGCAACUCGGCAGCAAACCAAACCCAAGUCAUCGGAGGAUUGAUGACCUUCGACAGCCAGAGACUUGUGGUUGAGAAUGUGUCCCUUAGAGUCAUGGAAUCGCUUCUGGGCCUCAUGAUAUUGGUCUGUGUGGUAUUGUGUGUUCUUCAAAUCGAGGCGACGUUUCCUCGUGACCUUGGCUCGCUGAUGGCAAUGGCGUCCGUACUCUCACAGAGUCCAGGAUUGACGCGGGCUUUGAGUGGAACGAGCGACUACCCAAAGGAACACUUGGACAAGACGCUGGAUGGGUACGACGCUCGUGCAUUUAUGACAGGGGAGGCUGCCAAAGCCAAGAUUGAGGUGCGCGAUAUGCUGCCGAGGGAGACGAGGGAGCAAAUCAAGAACGAGACCAGCACCAUACCUCCUCUCCCCGAGAAUGAGUGGUGGAUGCCCGUUGGCGGUGCGGCGAGCUACAGAAUAGGGCUCAUUGUCCUUACCUGUGGGCUUGUGGCGGCGCUCGAGGCCUUGUAUCAGACAUCGAUCAAGAACAGAGGCCUUCUCCAGGUAUCAACUGAGGGCUACGCAAAGUACGGAUGGCUCUUCCUCCCCACGCUGACCAUGGCCUUGGUGGCAAUCUCCUACACCACCAUCGACUUCGCCGCCCGCACUUUGCACCCGUAUCGAGAGCUCAGGCGGCUCAAGGAGAACAACGUCGAUACCAUGGUCUACGAUCCCUUUGCGCGGACGACCCUGUUGGCCGUGCCCCAUGCUCUUGGUCGCCGUUACGUCGCUCUCUCGGCGGCUAUGAUUACGUCUGUGUUGGGGCCGCUCCUUACGAUUGCUGCGAGCGGCCUGUUCACUCCUACCUUUGUGCCCGCCACCCAGAACAUGACCCUCAAGCUGGACCGAUGGUUCGACAUUAGCAACUCAGCCCUCCUCGAGAACAAAUAUGCACUCAAAGGCGCAACUGGCGGCACUCCAGCAGACGUUGUCGUCAACCAGGCCAUUCAGUACAAUAACCUGUCCUACUCGCAGUGGACAUAUGACGAGUUUGCAUUUGCGUCCAUCAAUCCGGACACGUUCCGCGGCCAGGAUAUGUCCAACCGCACGCUGGAGGCGCGUCUCCCCGCAGCGCGUGCACAGCUCAACUGCACGCCUAUUGAGGCUCAAAAGACCACAUUUCAGGCGAACGGGUUGGGCUUUUACAUCCCCAUCACGGCGCCGCCGGGCUGCAAAGCCCACGAGGACCCCGCGAAUACCACCCUGUUCGUCACGAACCAGAACGUUGCCACCCCGGACGACGGCUUCUUCGCCCACUGGGCCUCGGUCUUCGGGUCCAUCCCGCAAGACCUCUUGGACCUCUUCUCGGGCGCUCUGGACAUCCGCACGCCGUACUCGGCCUGCGGGGACGACACGCAGCACCUCUUCUUCAUCUACGGCCACCAGACGGGCAACGUGACCGACGACCUCACCGUGCUGCACUGCAUGCCCUACGUCGAGGCCCUCCUCGUCGACGUCAGCCUGCGGCUCCCCUCGCUCGAGAUCGACGACCAGACGUCGCCGCCGCCCCGCGCGGUCGAGGGCACGGCGCGGCCGUUCGACCGCGUCAACGCGACCGCCGACUCGAUCCCGUUCCCCUUCCCGGCCACGGGCCAGGUCACCGGCCGCAAGCUCGACGCCUUCUUCACCAUGGCGACUGUGGGUCGCGACGGCACGCCGCUCGGCCAGCUGAUGGGGCGGGACAACGCGGGCCGCAUGCUGCGGACUAUGAACCACCUCUUCGCGCAGCUGUGCGCGCAGACACUAGGGCUGGUCUACCGCGUGCCGAUGGCGGCGGUGGGGGCGACAAGCACUGCCGCCUCGGCCAGAAGAAGACAGGAAGGCGGCAACCUACCCUCCUCCUCCUCGAACCCCCUGACAGCAGCGGCAGCAGCAGAGUCGGUCCCCGGCGCGGACCUGCCCCGCGCCGCCGCGGCGACGGGCACACUGCUCGGCGGGGCGACGCGCCUGGAGCAGAGCAGCGUCUCGACGCGCAUCCUCGAGGGCCUGCUGCUGGGCAUGGCCGUGGCGGCGGCGGCGUCGUUCGCGCUGGGCGGCGGGGUGCGCGUGCUGCCCAAGAACCCGGGCAGCCUGGCGGCGCGCAUGAGCCUGCUGGCCGACAGCGAGCUGGUGGAGCGCCUGCGGGACGGGCGGGUGGUCUGGGGCGGCGGCGACGGGCGGCGCGGUGGUGCUAGCACCACUAGGAGCGGGGAGGAACAGGAGGAGAAGCAGGGCAGUGGCAGUGGCAGUAAGGGGGAUGGGAAGAGGAAGGCGUACUCGCGGGUGCGGGUUGUCGAGGAUGGGGAGGAGAAGGGCUGCGAUAGCUUGGAGAACUUGAGCUAUGGGCUGACGUGGUGGGCAGCUGGGAGCAGUCGCAAGGGGAAGGGAGGGAAGAAUCGGUAUGGAAUUGAUGGAUGGAGGCCCGAGAGGGCGGAGAGGACGCGGUCGUUGUCGUCGUCUUCGUCGACGAGGUCACCGUGA